CUCCCUUUGUUGACUAAGUCAAUAAUCAGAAUCAGCAGGUUUGGAGUCAGAUUGGCAGGGAUCAGCAGCCUGGCUUGGGGGCAGAGUAUAUAAAAACUCUAACCUGUAAUCGGCUGUCACAGAAGCCCCCUAGUUCCUGGCAGGAUGGCCUCUCGCCUACUCCUCCUUUGCCUUGCUGGACUGGUAUUUGUGUCUGAGGCUGACCCUGUGGGCACUCGUGAAGCCAAGUGUCCUCUGAUGGUCAAGGUCCUAGAUGCCGUUCGAGGCAGUCCUGCUGUCGGGGUAGUGGUGAAAGUGUUCAAGAAGGGUGCGGAUGAAACUUGGGAGCCCUUUGCCACAGGGAAAACCAGUGAAACCGGGGAGCUGCACGGGCUCACAACCGAGGAGAAGUUUGUAGAAGCGAUGUACAAAGUGGAAUUAGAUACCAAGGCCUACUGGACAGCAGUCGGCAUUUCCCCAUUCCAUGAACAUGCAGAGGUGGUGUUCACAGCCAAUGACUCCGGCCGCCGCCACUACACCAUCGCCGCCCUGCUCAGCCCCUACUCUUACUCCACCACGGCAGUUGUCACCAACCCCAAGGCAUGAAGGACUUGGAGAAGACUGGGCCUCAUGUAACCAACAGCAGUCCGUUUUUACGAAAGCAGUAUUUUCAUCGAUAAGCUAUGUUAGAAACUCAGGAAGAUAAAACAUUCCUAUUAAAGCAUUUCUCAUUUCA